GUGGGGGUUGAUGAAAUCCGGGAGCAAGUGCGCAACAGCAACACAUUAUUAGUGAAGCUCAUCAAAAUCGUCGAAUAUAAUUCCUCGGAAGAACAAGAAUGGGACCGCUCUGUAAAGAAUCUUGGAGGGCGCAACAAGGUGCUUGCAAACGACGAGCUGCUCACGAUGUUUGCCCAGGAGAUAGAGAACUCUCAGUCCUCUGAAUCGACGGCGAAGACGACUCCAAAAGAGAAAGGGGAGAAGGGAAAUGAUGCGGAUAAGGACAAACCAAAGGAUCCGAAAUCCACAGGAAAGGCAGAUGACUCAAAGACAAAAUCUGGGAAGGAUGCAUCGAAUGUUCUUUCUCUCCUGGAACGGCGGGAGCUCAGAAUGCCCCUGCAAGAGAUCAUCAAUUCCAAUUUUGCACUAUAUGAGGGCAAGCUAGAAUCUCAGGUUCAACUUCUCUCCGAGGAAGUCAAGCUGUCCACGCAAAAGAUUUUGCAACGCCUUGAAACUGGUGCUCACGAGAAAAUAUUACAUCCUCAUAUUCAAAGAGUCUGGAAGGAUAUGGGGUGGCGUUCGAGCGUAAAGGCGCGACAAUUCGUUCUUGCUAUGCACGAUUUCUAUGCCGAUCGUUAUGCGCAUGCCUUUAUGCUACGAAGGCGUGGAGGCAUGACGAACGGUCCCUCACUUCAAAUACCCGUUGAUGGUGGUGACCAGUCGCCGACAAGUGCACGGCCCCUCAGUCCCGUUGACUCCGAAGCAGCUCAUGCUCAAGUCGAUAUCUCUGACGCCGAUAUGACUCCAGAAGAGAUUGAAGAGACACUGGCCGAUAAGUGGUGUCUCCAGUACCUCAAUAUUACUCACGCGUACCCGAUAAUGGAGGCGAUCGACGAUGACGACUCUGGUUAUAUCAGGACAUCGGAGAUCAACGAUUUCACCUCUUCAACCCCAAUGGGGUGGACCCUUCUCCAGUGGUUCGCAUACUGGGGUGGAGGUUGGAAACAGCAAUCAUCAGUUUACGCCCGAUCCAUCAAUGAAAUCAUAGAUUUGAUUAAAGACACGUCCCAUGAUGUACUGGUGGAAAACAACCAGUCUGCGAUCAGUUACGUCAAACAAUUGGACUGGUCUUCUACCAUCGAAGAAAUGACUUAUGCUGCGACAAUGAACACGCCUGCCACGUCGGACAGUCCAUUAGAUAAUUUAGUUGCACGAAGCAUGGAGUAUAAAGAGAAGAAGUUGGAGUGGGCCCUUCGACGAGUGUACUACACUGUUGAUGCGCCAGAAUCACUCAAGCUUAUUUCUGGUCCGGGAAGAAUUGAGAAGGACAUCUUUGCGAUUAUCUUUCUUAUCUUACGGCAUCACUACCUGAUCUUUUUGAGAGCGACCAAAGUCUGGAUUGAUGAGCGGGAGUUCCAGGUUGCAACAAACACUAUGGCGAAUAUCGUAGCGGCUAUUACUGAUCGCGUGACUAUUUUAUCAGCUUCGUAUCGACAGCAAGGGUUGGACGAGCAAAUUCAACUCUCGCGAUUUCACGGUGGCAUCUACCAGUUUGUGCCGGAUUCUCAAAACUCUCAAGACAUUGAGCUACUCUGGCUGGACGAUGGUGCUUUGUCUGAAUUGAAGGAGAAGAUACUCAGCAAAGAACAGGACCUGAAACUCAGAUAUGGAGCAUGGUCGUUGAAUUUACAAUCAUACUCGAAUCCUCGUGCACCAAAUGUGCUUCCGGAUGAGGCAUCGGACGAUUCCCGGAUCAAGGUCAUAUCGAGCCAGGCGGAGGACGUGGACGACGGGGAAGAUGAUGAGAAUGAUGAUGGUGACUCUCAUGCUCCCGGUCCCGCGAAUAUCAAGGACGAGGUUAAAGGAAUGACAAGCGACAAAAUCGUGGCUCAGGCAAACAGUUCUGCAUCUGCUCUUCUGAAAAUUUCAGAUAGUUCUCCGAACUUCGGGAAGCACCUGAAGCACGUCAUACAUGGUUUAGAGGCCAUCGCCAAGUCAGGACCAUUCUCAUUCAUCAAGAGUACCGUAAAGGGAGUGAAGCGUGUUUUAGUGUCAGAGUUUAAGAAGGAAAAAGUGAAUCCUUGGAUUAAGAAGCUGCUUCGCGGCCUGGUUUCCAUCAUCAGCCCAUUAUUAGAACUCUAUUUUUUGCAAGACACUGGUGAAGCCACGGAGGCAGGAGCGUCGUUCGGGGGACGUUUGUUUGACCUUCUCUAUCACAUUUCGUUUGACAUCCGUAAUGCGGAAAAAACCAUGGAAGCCCUCAAUACUCAAGAGAAGGCAACUGGUGACAACCCCGCCGGCAACCCUUCCCCGCUUUCUGAGUUAACAACUCCGGCAGCUUUGGAUGGCGUAAUAAACAGGCUGCAAAUCCGACGUCGUGACAUUGAAGCCUGUCUGGCCUUGCACAACGAGCGGGGCUUUCGACGUCUGCUCGUUGCUCAACAAGUUGUCAUUCGUGACAUCCAAGAGCAACGCAAAAGAUUGUUGCCCCAGUAUUUGCGCUGCAGACAAGCAGUCAGGAAAUCAUUCAUCGAUCUCACUGCGAAAGGGCUGGUCUUGGGACUGGCUUCUAGAGAACUUAGUGAUGCCGAACGGAUGGAACUAGUAGCAAUCACCCGCGAAGUGCCAGAUGUCGAUCUUGAAUAUUGGAAUUCAUUAUCCAAAUUGCAAAGACGUAGGACAAAUGCGCAUGUAACUAUCCGAUGCGAUGGAUGCUCAACCUGCCCCCUCGUUGGGCAUCGCUAUACCUGCUUGACGUGUUACGAUUUUGACCUUUGUGCCGACUGCGAACGUAAAGUUCACUCGCCCGAGCCUGGCACGGCGCCCAUGGAGAUACAAAAUCAUUUGCCUUCUCAUCCCUUGAUGAAGAUUUGUCGGCAGGUGUGGAUCGUUUUGGAUCGCGACCGGGACAGGCUCCGGAAAACGUUCGGUCGUCUUGAACUUGACGAAGAUAAUAUAAGUGAUGAUGAUAGCGACGAGGACGAAGAUGAGGAUACAUCCGGUGGGACAGUCCGUUUGUGAGCAUAAGCAUCCCAAGUAACCUGAUUUUCACCAGAAUUUGCGGAUGGGUCUGAGGAUGUAAGCGACUAUGAGGAAGCCAACGAAAAUCCUCCCGAGGAGGGAGGA